AUGGAGUUGCUGCCCAUUGGCUUUACAAAGAAGCUGGUAAUAAGUUGUCUGCGAAGAGCAAUGUCUCAAAAACCAGGAGAUCUGGUCCUUAGAGUUGAAGGAAGCCAUUUGUUUGCUGCAGUAAUUGUCAGGGAUCUGCUUGUGGCUGCGAGCUUCGUACUCGCUGCUUCUAAAGCAGUUGCGGAUAGAAGAUCUUCUUCUCAAAGAAAGUGGUGGGAUGCUUAUGCAAGAUUGUACAAGAAGGUUGAUAUAAACGUGUGGUGGCUGUAUCUGUUCUUGUCAUCCUUCUCAAAAGGUUUUUUACCGGACACAAAAAGGACGAUAAGGAUCAAGUGGAGUUUAUUGCAGGGAAAACUAGUCUUGGGGAUGCUGUUGAUGGAGCAAUCAAAAUUUUCACUAUUGCAGAAUGUCAUGAUUGUUGUUGUUGCGGUUCCAGAAGGACUUCCAUUAGUUGUCACAUUAACGCUGGCAUACUCGAUGCGAAAAAUGAUGUCGGAUAAAGCGUUGGCAUCAACAAAGAUUUUGGCACGCCAAUUGGUGAGGCUUAGACAACAAAUAGCCAACCUACAAAGUAGUCGGGCUCAAAUGAGGGGCAUAACAACACAUACACAGCAUUAG